AUGGCCGGUGGCGGCUUAUCUAGCUCUGUGUCGAAAAAAGAAUAUAACGGUAACCUAACAUGUUACGUUCUAUUGACAUGUUUGGUGACGGGUUUUGGUGGUAUUAUGUUCGGAUAUGAUAUCGGUAUUUCUGGCGGAGUAACUUCAAUGCCGGCAUUCUUGGAGAAGUUUUUUCCGUCGGUAUAUCACCAAGAGGAGAUGGUUCAGUCUAACAGCCAAUACUGCAAGUUUAACAGUCAAUCUCUAACCAUGUUCACGUCGUCCCUUUACUUGGCUGCUCUCGUCGCAUCUUUUGUUGCGGCUCGAGUCACCAAGUCGCUUGGACGUCGAUGGUCCAUGCUUCUUGGUGGUACUAUUUUCUUAUGUGGUGCGCUUCUUAACGCCGCUGCCAUUCAUGUGUCCAUGCUUAUAUUGGGUCGUGUUCUCCUCGGUAUUGGUGUUGGUUUCUCUAUUCAGAUUGUUUAUUUGUUGUUAAAAUUGCAAGUACAGUCUAUACCAUUAUAUGUAUCUGAGAUGGCACCAUACAAGCACAGGGGAGCUCUUAAUAGUAUUUUCCAGUUAUCAAUAACAAUCGGAAUUCUAAUAGCUAACCUAGUAAACUUCUUCUCGAGCAAAUACAUCAAAGGCGACAACGCUUGGCGUGUGAGUCUAGGCGGUGCGGCGGUGCCCGCUUUAAUCAUAACUUUAUCGGGUUUCUUCGUAUGCGAAACUCCAAAUUCUCUCAUCGAAAGAGAAGAAUACGCCAAAGCCAGACAACAACUCCGACGUAUUCGAGGUGUCUAUGAUGUCGAUGCCGAGUUCGAUGACCUGAUGGCUGCCAGUUUAGUAUCUAAGAGUAUGACAGGCUCGCCCUGGGCGUCCCUUCUGAAGAGGAAAUACCGACCGCAACUUGUGUUGGCGGUUUUGAUUCCCAUGUUUCAACAGCUGACCGGAAUUAAUGUCGUCAUGUUCUACGCACCCGAGCUUUUUAGCUCCCUUGGUUCCGGGCAGAACGUCGCGCUCAUGUCCGCAGUUGUUACUGGAAUUGUCAAUGUUGCCUCCACGUUCAUCGCCGUUUUUGGUCUUGAUAAAUUUGGAAGGAGACGUCUUUUCCAAGUCGGAGGAAUCAUCAUGUUGAUAUUUCAGGCAUCAGUGGCGGGUUUGAUUGGAGCAAAAUUUGGAUGGACUGGCGUUUCAGAAACGCCAAUGACAAAAUUAUACUCCAUAAUUCUUCUAACAUGUAUCUGUUGUUUUGUGUCGGCGUUUGCGUUUUCGUGGGCUCCUUUGGGGUGGUUGGUGCCGAGUGAGAUCUUUCCUCUUGAAAUUCGAUCGUCUGGUCAGGCCGUGGUGGCGGCGGUGAACAUGCUCCUGACGUUUGCGGUGGCGCAGGCGUUUCUAACGACUCUCUGCCAUUUGAAGUAUGGAUUGUUCGCCAUGUUUGCGGUUAUUGUGUUGGUGAUGACUCUGUUCGUGCAGUUCUUCGUCCCCGAAACGAAGGAUAUACCUAUUGAAGAAACAUGGAAGCUAUGGAGGAAGCAUUGGUAUUGGAAGAAAUUUGUUCAAGAAGAUGAUCAUGAUCAUCAUGAUCAUCAUAGAGCUGUUGAUCACUUUGGAAGGUUUCCUAAUUAA